AUGUUGGUGUUAGUUCUUGGCGAUCUCCAUAUCCCUCAUCGCUGUAAUAGCAUGCCUACCAAGUUCAAGAAAUUAUUAGUACCUGGCAAGAUUCAACAUAUUCUGUGUACAGGCAACCUGUGUACGAAAGAAUCAUUUGAUUAUCUAAAGACGUUGGCUAGUGAUGUUCAUGUCGUACGAGGAGAUUUUGAUGAAAAUUUAAACUAUCCUGAGCAAAAAGUAGUAACUGUUGGACAAUUUCGGAUUGGUUUGUGCCAUGGACACCAAGUGGUGCCGUGGGGAGAAACAGAUAGCUUAUCAAUGGUGCAACGACAGCUGGAUGUUGACAUUCUUAUUUCAGGCCACACCCAUAUAUUUGAUGCCUUUGAGCAUGAAAACAAAUUUUAUAUCAACCCUGGUUCUGCUACUGGAGCUUAUAGUGCAUCAGAAAAAAAUGUCAUUCCUUCUUUUGUAAUUUUGGACAUCCAACAAUCAACGGUAGUUGCCUAUGUCUAUAAACUGAUAAAUGAUGAUGUCAAAGUGGAGAGAAUAGAAUAUAAAAAGUCUUAG